UCAGCGCUCCAGCGACACGACGCGCCCCGGACGACCCCGCCGACGCAGCCAGACCACCCAGCGGGCCCCAGCGGCGGCGGCGGCAAGUGCGGCUCCGGGUCCCGCGCCUCGGACCCCUCCCCACGGACGGGGCGGGCGGUGCCGAUAGGAGCCCGGAGGCCAUGGGGACCUGGGCCAGGCCAGCGAUCGCGGGCCAGCGGGAGCCCCGGGUCUGAGGAACGGGCGGCGGAGGCGGCAGGGCCAUGACCUCGGUGUGGAAGCGCUUGCAGCGCGUGGGCAAGCGGGCCGCCAAGUUCCAGUUUGUGGCCUGUUACCACGAGCUGGUGGUGGAGUGCACCAAGAAAUGGCAACCGGAUAAGCUGGUGGUAGUGUGGACCCGGCGGAACCGACGCAUCUGCUCCAAGGCCCACAGCUGGCAGCCGGGCAUCCAGAACCCAUACCGGGGCACCGUGUUGUGGAUGGUACCUGAGAAUGUGGACAUCUCUGUGACCCUAUACAGGGACCCACACGUGGACCAGUAUGAGGCCAAAGAGUGGACGUUUGUUAUUGAGAAUGAGUCCAAGGGGCAGCGGAAGGUGCUGGCCACAGCCGAGGUGGACCUGGCCCGCCAUGCAGGGCCUGUGCCUGCCCAAGCCUCACUGCGGCUGCGGCUGAAGCCCAAGUCGGUGAAGGUGGUGCAGGCCGAGCUGAGCCUCACUCUCUCUGGGGUGCUGCUGCGGGAGGGCCGCGCCACGGAUGAUGACAUGCAGAGUCUUGCGAGCCUCAUGAGCAUGAAGCCUAGUGACGUGGGCAACUUGGAAGACUUUGCUGAGAGCGAUGAGGAGGAUGCUAAUGGCCCAGGGGGCCCGGACGCGAGGGUUCGUGUCCUCCAGCCAGAUACUUCUCGGGAGCUGAAGACACUCUGUGAGGAGGAGGAAGAGGGCCGAUUUCGGCCCCGGCAGGCAGCUGCCAGCCCUUCUAGUGCCGAGGAUACCAGCCCAGCCCCUGUGAGUGCCCCUGCGCCCCCAGCCAGGGCCUGCCGGGGCCAGGGGUCAGAACCAGCUCCUGUAGCAGGGGGCCAGGUGGGGCCCAAGGCCCCAAGGCCCCCCGGAACCCCACCGGAGACAAGGUCCUCAAGACAGCCAGGCCAGGACGCGGCCCCCAGCCCGGCCCCUCGGCUCCGGAAAGGCUCUGAUGCCCCCUGGCCCCCAGUCCCCCAAGGGGGAGAUGAGGCCCCCAACGCCUCAGGGGCUCCCCCAACAGGCGUGAAUUCUGCUGUGGAGACCCAGGCCUGGGCAAGCCCUCAGAAAGGGACAGAGGCCCAGGGAACCGGGCUGGGCCCAGGCAUUGAGGACAGAGAUUCCAGCAACUCUUUGGAAGGGCAGAAACCCAAGGUUGAAGAGGGGGGCAUUGGGGACAGGCCAGAGGCUAGUGGGGUGGACACUGAGCAUGGGUCAGGAGUCAGAGAGGUGAACAGUAAGAGGUCAGAGGUCAGAGCUGGGGAGGCUGAAGAGAGUUUAGAAGUUGGUCAGGUGGAUGCUGAGCAGAGGUCAAAGGUGAGACAUGUGGACACUAAGGGACCAGAGGCUACAGGGGUGACAUCUGAGGCAAGAUUCAAGGGAACUCCUGAGGCUCCUCCAAGGGGCUCUCAGGGGAGGACAGGGGUCAGGACCAGGGAAGAGGCUCCCACCAUCCUGAGCCCACCCCCAGCGGAGCCGGCAGGGCAAUCCAGGCAUCUCAGUGACCUCAAGGGGGCCAGGGCUGCUGCGGGCCAGGAGAGAGAGGGUGCAGAGGUGAGGGGUGGAGCCCCUGGUGUUGGGGGGACAGGCCUGGAGCAGGGCCCCUCUGCUGGAGCAGCAAGCGCCAGGCCCCAGGUGAGCCAGUACCAGGGGGCCCCACCAGCAGCUGACCAGGGGGUGAUGUCCAGGGAUAUGAGGGUCCGGGAAGUAGAAACUGGGGAUUUGAGGGACCUGGGAACAGAAACUGGUGUGACAGAAUCAGAGUUAUUGGGGACCCAGAGAACAGAAGUGGGUGGGUCAGGGUUCCCCGAGAUAGAGACUGAGACAGCAGAAGUGGAGAUACUGGGGACCCAGGAGACAGAGGCAGUGAGAUCAGGGGUCCUGGAGUCAGAGGCUGCUGAGAUGGCAGAGUCUGAGGAACUAGGGACCCAGAAAACAGAAGUCAGCAUUUUAGGGGUCCCAGGGGCAGAGGCCGGGAUGGCAGAGUGUGAGGUACUGGGGACCCAGGAGACAGAGGCUGUGGGUACAGGAGUUCUGGGGACGAAGACUAGGAUAUCAGAGAUUGAGAUACUAGGGAUCCAGGAGAUAUCUGGGGGUUCACGGGUACUGAAGAUAGAAGCUGAUACAGCAGAAUCUGAAAUAUUGGGGGCCCAGGAGACAGAGAUGGGGUGUUCAGGGGUCUCAGAGAUAAAAUUUAAGAUAACAGGGAUGCAGGAGACAGAGUUAUGGGGUUCUGAGGUCCCAGGGAUCGAGACUGAGACGGCAGAAGCUGAGAUACUGGAGACCCAGGAGAUGGCAGCUGGGGGUUCACGGGUCCCAGGGAUGGAGACUGAGACACUGGGGACCCAGGAGACAGAGGUUGGGGGUUCAGGGGCCCCAGGGACAGAGACUGAGACACUGGGGACCCAGGAGACAGAGGUAGGGGGUUCAGGGGCCCCAGGGACAGAGACUGAGACAUUGGGGACCCAGGAGACAGAGGUAGGGGGUUCAGGGGCCCCAGGGACAGAGACUGAGACAUUGGGGACCCAGGAGACAGAGGUGGAAGAUUCGCAGUUCUCAGGGCCAGAGGCUAGAAUGGCAAAGGCUCAGACUUCUGGGGCCCAGAGGGCAGAGACUGGACUCUGGGAGACCCUCAGAUAUGAGGCUUUAGGGGCUCCAGUCACAAAGCAUGGGAUUUUAGGGUCCCAGGGAGCAGAGGCAGAAACUACAGUUUUGAGGGGCCAGGAGGUGGAGGCUGGGACUUUGGGAGUUUCAGAGGCCAUGUCUGGGGUUUGGGGGGCCGAGGAAGCAGAGACGGAGGUUUCGGGGGCUUCAGAGAACCAAUCUGGUAUUUUUGAGGCCCAGGAAGCAGAGGCUGGGGUCUCAGGAACCGAGAAGGGAAAAGAAGCUGAGGGAAACCUCCCAGAGGCCAGCCUGAUGGAGGCGCAGGUGGCCAGUGGGGCAGGGGCUGGGGUGCCCAGGCCCUCGGGGGCCUCUUCCCCAGAGGAGCCUGAAGAGGACAGGAGGCUGCCGGGCAGCCAGGCACCACCCGCCCCGGUCAGCUUCAGUCAGUCCCUGCUGGAGUGGUGCCAGGAAGUCACCGCCGGCUACCGUGGCGUCCGCAUCACCAACUUCACGACAUCCUGGCGCAACGGCUUGGCCUUCUGUGCCAUCCUGCACCGAUUCCACCCGGACAAGAUCGACUUUGCCUCCCUGGACCCACUCAACAUCAAACAGAACAACAAGCAGGCCUUUGAUGGCUUCGCGGCCCUGGGCGUGUCGCGGCUUCUGGAGCCGGCGGACAUGGUGCUGCUGUCGGUGCCCGACAAGCUCAUCGUCAUGACGUACCUGUGCCAGAUCCGCGCCUUCUGCACGGGGCAGGAGCUGCAGCUGGUGCAGCUGGAGGGCGGCGGCGGCGCCGGCACGUACCGCGUGGCCAGCUCCCAGUCGAGCCCGCCCGACGAACUGGACACCGGCGGCCUGGCGCAGCGGCUGCGCGAGCACUGGGCCCAGGAGCCCCAGGAAGCCGCGACCCGCGCGGACGGGACGGCCCCCGAGGCGGCCUCCAAGGACCGCGGGGCCGAGGCCGCCCAGGAGCCGCGCUCCGUGGAGGCCCCGGCAGACGGCCCUGGAGCCCGGGCAUCCGUGCCCCCGACAGAGGGGCUGGUGAACGGGAUGGAGGCGCCGGGCGCCGCGGGCGGCGUGAGGCUGCGGCGGCCGUCGGUCAACGCGGAGGCCGGGCCCGUGCCCCCGCCCCGCGCGCACGGCUCCUUCUCCCACGUGCGCGACGCUGACCUGCUGAAGAAGAGGCGCUCGCGGCUGCGGAACAGCAGCUCCUUCUCGGGGGACGACCCGGACUCGGGAGCCGCGGGAGCUGCCGGAGCGGCGGCGGAAGUCGUGAGCCCUGACCCCAGCCCUGCCCCACAGCAGGCCCCUGGUGGGAGUCCGCCAUCGGAGGAGCUACCCCCAAGCCCAGCAGAGGAGGCUGGGCUGCAACGGUUCCAGGACACAAGUCAGUAUGUGUGCGCAGAGCUACAGGCCCUGGAGCAGGAACAGAGGCAGAUAGAUGGGCGGGCGGCCGAGGUGGAGACGCAGCUGAGGAGCCUCAUGGAAUCAGGUGCCAACAGGCUGCAGGAGGAGGUACUGAUCCAGGAGUGGUUCACACUGGUCAACAAGAAGAACGCUCUCAUCCGGAGGCAGGACCAGCUGCAGCUGCUCAUCGAAGAGCAGGACUUAGAGCGGAGGUUCGAGCUGCUGAGCCGGGAGCUACGGGCCAUGUUGGCCAUUGAAGACUGGUUGAAAACGGCCGCGCAGCAGCACCGGGAGCAGCUCCUGCUGGAGGAGCUGGUGUCGCUGGUGAACCAGCGCGACGAGCUGGUCCGGAACCUGGACCAGAAAGAGCGGACCGCCCUGGAGGAGGACGAGCGCCUGGAGCGCGGCCUGGAGCAGCGGCGCCGCAAGCUGAGCCGGCAGCUGAGCCGGCGCGAACGCUGUGUGCUGAGCUGAGGCCGCGAGGGCCCGGACGUUUUCGCCCCUCCCGGUCCGUCCAGACCGCAGCUUUUCUCCCCGUCGCGCCCGGUCGCCGCUUCGGGCCUGCGCUCCGGAGGACCGGACCCUCCCCGAUGCCGCGCGUGGCCAGUAGGGGCCGUCGUCACCCUUUACCAGGAGGGGACGCGCGGCCCUUCAGGCCCCGACGGACAGGGGCGGCUGGGCGGCCGCGCCGCCCGGGCGUAUUUAUUAGUCCGUGUGAGUGUGUGUGCGUGUGUUCGUGGUGGGCUGGGGGGUCCCAGGCACGCCCCCCAGAGCCCCUCCCCGAGGGCAGGACCCGGCCGGCCAGCACCGAGGGAGAGGGACGGCUCUUGCACUGCCACAUCCCCGCCCUCCCCCUUCUUCCUGUUCCUCACGAGCAAUAAAGUUAGACAAGGCCAA